UGCUUACUAUGAAGGAGUUUUGUUAACGUUUUAUUACCGACUGAGCAAUGCAUCAAUCAACGAUCCGUGGCUUAAAACAAGUUUUUAAUGUAACAUCUUUUUAUUCGUUCUUAUGCAAGUUUACAAAUGUUUUAUGUAAACCCAUGAUUAGCGGAAGCUAUAUUCAAAUAAAAGCAUUGCGUUGGUUUACAUGUUGACUUUUUGAGCUUUGAAAAGCAAAUUCGUUUUUUUCCCCCCUGGUGCAAGUUAAUUUGCACCAUAACGAAGAGAUCUGUCUAAAGCGAAGUGUGUUAGUACUGGGAACAUGAAGAGGAGGCAGACGUGCCACACAAACUCAGAGAUAUUCAAGAUCACUCUGGGGGCCGGGCAACACAGCCCGACAUCAUUUCCCUUUUGAACAUGCACCACGGAGCUUGCUGCUUAUUCAGCUCUGAUCGCACGUACCGUUUCCUAACUUGAUCUCAAUCCGAUCGACCAUCUGUGGCAUAUUCCUGGAUAGACAAGUCCUAUUCAUGGAAGCCCCACCUCAUAACUUAUACUGUAGGACUUAAAGGAUCUUCUGCUAAAGUCUUGGUGCCAGAUACCACAGGACACCUUCAGAGUCUUACGGAGUCCAUGCCUUCACGGGCCACACAGAACGCGACUGUGACAUGUGGACCCCGUGGUGUUAAAACCUGAUCAGAAACAAGAGCUGCUGUUGGUGCCAUCAUCAGAGGCCUCUCUGUACCUCGACCGCCGUAGAACACGCCGUAGAACAGGAAGGCCCGCAUGCAGACCAGCUCUGCACCUCUCACUGGAUCCUUAUAGGCAGCUGCUGAUCUUCCCUGGUGCUCCAUCAGCAUAGCAUGGCCUAGUGGGAGCAGAUUCUGCUGGAUUGGGUUCCCGUGACAGACUGUAGCCAUCCUGCUUCAUGCACGCUCCAUGCUCACAGCUCCUCCUGCAGGCUUGCUGAGCGUAACAAACUGCGGGCCCAGCGAUGCUGUCCAGAAUGAAGCUGUACCUGUGUGCCGUGCUCUGCUGCAUCCUGCUGGUCAUAAUCGCCACACACAUCAUGCAGAGGGGAGCUCUCUCACCUGUGCUGGCUGCCAAUGCCACCACCGCGGCCUGGAACAGGAUCUGCGGCUGCUCGUCUUGCGUGGGGGAGACCGACAACUCGGAGUGGUUCAAAGAGCACUUUGACCCUGAGCAGCAGCCCUUCCUCAUGCCAAAUGGCAAUAUCACCCCGCCGGCCUUGAGCUGGUGGCUGCUUCUGCAGAGGCCAUCUGUCGGACUUGAUCCUGAGGAAGUGAUCCAGAAGAUGUUCAAGGUCAUCUCAGCCCCCCCGCUAUAUCAGCGCAGGAAUCUGCCAUCCAGGGCAUGCAGGAGAUGCGCGGUCGUGGGGAACUCUGGAAACCUUGCACGCACACACUUCGGCAAGAUGAUCGACUCCCAUAACAUCGUGAUCAGGAUGAAUAGAGCCACCACUCUGGGAUUCGAGGUGGACGUGGGAAGCAAGACCACGCACCACUUCAUGUACCCCGAGAGCGCAGUGGAUCUCAGCCCAGGGGUCCACCUCAUCCUGCUGCCCUUCAAGUUGCGUGACCUUCAAUGGGUGGCCAGUGCCCUGUCCACAGGAAAGAUCAAAACGACAUAUAUGAGAGUCAAAAACCUGGUUAAAGCAGAUAAGGAUAAGGUAAUAGUGGUCCAUCCAGCUUUCUUCAAGUACGUCCAUGAGACGUGGGCUGAGGGACAAGGCAGGUACCCAUCCACAGGGAUGCUGGCGAUCAUCUUUGCUUUGCAUAUCUGUGAUGAGGUGUCUGUGUUUGGCUACGGAGCAGACUCACAGGGAAACUGGCACCACUACUGGGAGAAGAACAGGUAUGCCGGAGCCUUCCGGAAAACUGGAGUGCACAACGCGGACACCGAGACGAAGAUCAUCGAGAAACUGCACGCUGUGGGCAAGAUCAAGCUUUGGAGGAAUCCGCAGGAGAGUCUGAUCUAAAGGUGCACGACCAUAAGUGGGGUUAGGCAGAACUUGAUGGUGGUGGUGGGGUGGGGGGUUGUGGAGGCAUCUUGGAGGAGGAAAAAGCCCCCUGACCUUCCCUGGGGAAGAACUUUACCCUGUACCAGCACUGUGAACGACCCAAGAAGAACGAAAGUGUCAGAUCACAUGACAGCUUUGAAACCAAAUAUAAAUGUUUUUAUAUGUAUGAAAGCAUGCAGAUGGCAACAGUCAUAGUCAGAAUAACCAACUGAGGGAAAAUAACUUUGGAAAAGCCAGUUUGUCGUGUUUUUUUUUUUUCUUGCACACUUUGAUAUGCUGUACCGAGUCGCCUUACUGAUUCUCCUAAACCUCACUGCCUUGACUGGGCAUAGUGCCCGUGAGGCUAUAGGGAUAAAAGUGACCAGUGUUGUGUUGGGUCAGAACCCACACAGUCUUCUUACCUGUGAAUCCCUGAUCACUCUGAAGCUGAUCAAGACAAACAGCACUUUCCUGAUAUGGAUGAUCUACUAAAAGAGCCUUUUCCAAUAAGAACUGAAGAACCUUAUUUUUCACCCUGACGUUAUAAAUUCUAUAUCUAGUGCCUUUUUAUGAUUAGUUAUAUAUUUUACAUUUCAUUUUAAUGAUUAAUUUCAUAGAUGCUGUAUAGGCGAUAUGAUGCUGUUUCUGUUUCUGCAGAAUGUUGUUAACCAGUGGAUGCUUUGCAUUGAAAACCAAAUUAGUAAUAUACAGUGAAUAGUGCAAUGCUAUCGACUGCAAGGAGGGAAAUUAGUUGUGGUUGUUGUUAUAAUGGAUAAAACAACUACACUGUAAACUGAGCAGACAGUUGUUCAGGCAGAGACUUUUGCCAGGCCUUUCUUGACCAAAGAUCUCAGAGAAGUGUUAUCCCAAACCGUCCCUUAUUCCUACACGGUCGGGCCUUGUUACCUUCAGCGUUCCAAAACUAAGGUCACUGUUAAUAUAUCUCUUAAUUCAAGGUAUCUUUAGCUUAAUGUAAUUUCUGUUUAAAGAAAACUAUGAAGCUUUAGCAGUCAGAGGUCCAUAAAUAUUGAGUAAAUCCAUCUGAAAUCUUUGCAUUGUUGCAUUGGUCAGGCUAAAGGGAUCGCCCUCAACACUCUGGUAAUUAAACCGUCCAACUUCUUUUAACUGGGAAAGUCAAUACCUUGUUUCUGAGAAAUCACUUAAUUCAGUUCCAUUUACGCUGUAAUCUGUCACUUGAGUGAGUGAGUAUAUAUAUACAUGUAUACAUUUUUUUGUAAUACAGCAUUGUGAUUAGAUACAUUUUAAGUAUUUGUUGAAAAAUUUUACUUUCUGCUUCUGGUGGUUCUGUCACGUUUUGUUGAUCUUUAACUACCUCACUUGCAUCUGUACAUCAGUGACAACCUGUGCUAAUCCAGCGUGCCGUUUAUGGCAGUCAUGAAGCCUGGAUGCUCCGUCCACCAUAAAGUACUUGCAGUAACUGAGACAGGCACACAGCAUUUACAUUUUGAACUAAAAGAAAGUAGCUUUACCGUGGUUACCAGACACAGCUGGGGUUUGCUUUGAAUCUGUACCCCUAGCAGUGACAACACAUGGCAUCUUGAAUAAAAACCCUGUACAAGUCACUGUGUCCACCACACCGUCAUGGAAUGCUUUCAUCAUAGGGGGACAUUACACAAUAGUCAAACUUUGACAUUAAAUUGAAAUACAUAGUGGUAAAUUGAGGAAAAAAAAAGAUUUUAUGGAGAAUAAAAACAUAUUACAAGAAUAUAGUAUUAGUUAUACAGAUUACCUUCGUGUUCCAUAACUACCAUAGAAUACUAUGUGACAUCAAUUUGCUGAGCAAAAUUUUUUCAUUGUGUAACAUUUCAACUGGAUCUGUUGCUUAUCUAACUACUUGAUAAUACAGAACCUUUUAUAUCAGAGGUGAAUACUGGUCAUCAUAGUAAAUGACUGAAGUGGUCAGAAUGUUAAUUUUAAUAAUUUGGAUGAGUGUGGAAGCAAUGCUUUAUUGAUCUAGUCCUUUGCGAGUUCUUCAGCCUUUCACAGGAGUGCCACCUAGUAAAUGGACUAAGUCAUACAGUAUCAGUAGCUGAAGUUCUGCAGUGAGGGCCUUCAGAACCGUUUGGACAGGACGGUCCACUUGAAAUGAAGGCAUCCAGUACCACUUAAACAAUAUUAAUAACGAUGCAUAAAAGAAAACCAGAUAUCUCGUAGAAAAGACCCUGCUUGUCUUGUAAGGCCAAAGAAGUGUUUCGGAAUCCCUUCCAAACACUCUGAAUCAUUCACACUCAGCAGUUAUGUUCUCUGCUGUUUGGUGUGAAUGUUUGAUAUUUCUCUCAAUAAAUGCUUUUGGGAAAAUGGA